GGAGCAAACGUUCAGGAAGUCGAGCAGAAAGUGGCGGAGAAAGAAAACAGCAGGAAGAGUUUUUAAAAUGAGAUGAUGGGAGAGAUGGAAGCAGCAGAGAUUGAUGAUAUUUUAGACGACUGGUUCAUCGAAUCUCUGAAAUCAUACAAAGAUCUUCAUGUGUAUCAGCUGGAACAUCCCACCGGUGUCAUCGAGUGGACGUCCGGAAAGACCGUCUGCGUUGCCGGAUACGACUCGUCUAAAAAUGAAAUCCUGGAACUCUGUUUGCCGUUGAAACUUUUGGCAGAUGAAAAGAAGGGUCUCUGUGCAGAGAGGGACUUCAAAGUUGUCCAUGGUGGUUUCUCAGAAGGGCCCAUUCGCUGCCUCAGACACGUCCCAGGAACCCGGUACAUGGUGACCAACGACGGGCAGAGCUCUGACCUGCAGCUCUGGGACCUGGGAGGAGACGACAGUGAUGUGAUCAGGAGAACAGGAAGCAUCCAGGGGUCCAGUGUUUCCCAAACCGGCAGCAGGAUUGCAGCUCCACUCUCAGCAAUACCUCAAGUCCUUCAUGGGGCUCAGAGCAGCAGCGUACAGCUGACCCAUCUGAGUUCAGGACAGACGCUCUAUAAACUGGAGACCGACUCGACAGAACCUCUGAGUGCCUUAAAGUUUGUGGGAGACACCGUCUUCCUCGCCAGCUGCUGUAACGGGAGCGUUUACAUGGCAGACACUCGGACGUCCGCUGCUCCUCAGGUUUCAGCUCCACCUUCAGGUGAAUCGCUGCAGUGGUGGACGGACGCCUCUGCCGCUCCGCAGUCCUGCUGUAAGGUCCUCAGGCUUUCCUCCUCGGGUCAGGCGGUCGUUUCAGACCUGAGGAACCUGGAAGAACCUGUGUGUACGGCCCGCCUGGACAUCCAGAUGGCUCCAUGCAGACCAUGUGAUGUCACCGUGUGGUGGGCUCCGGUGCUGGACGGGUGCUUCUCGGUCUCAGGUUUCAGCGGACUCAUUCAGAUCUACGACACCCGUGGAUGGAGGACGGAGCUGCAGGACGCUCAGCCACUGUUUCAGCACAGCGGUCACGCCCUUUCUUCGCCACACGCCGCCGACUCCGUCCCCACCUUCAUCACCUCCCACGCCUGGCAUCCUGAGCGUCCCAGGACUCUGCUGUCUGCAGCUUCAGACGGGUCGGUCCACGUCUGGGACUGGGUGGAACCACAAAGAGACUAGAAGCAUCAGAGAGUAAUGCAUAUGUUUGCCGUAGGUUUUAUUCAGUCAGUGCAGAGGAACGAAUCCCGGACUGAUUGAUUUUUGAUGGUUUAACUCCAGAACUGCCUAUUUCCUCAGUCUGUGAUGAGUUCAUAUGAAAAACAGAAAACGUGAGCAAUCUUUGCUGCUGUAAAUUGAAAAUAGAUUGUUUGAAAUGACGGCUGUUCCUUUUAACUCUUAAUUUAAAUCCAGUUUGAGGCGUUGAUGGGACAUGUUUAUGCUGCAGCUUUUAUUUCUGUUUCAAUUUGGUUUCUAAAAGGUUUCCGUCUCAUU